ACAAGAUCAGCAACAUAACCUUUUAAAGUACAAAAAUUUACACUUCUGUUUUAUUUACAUAUUAUAACUAUAAUUUAUAUUAAACUACAAAAAGUACUCAGUAUGUUAUGUACCACUAAAACGUGCUAUACGUGCUUAAAAUCUAACAGUAAAGAAUUUGUUGAGGUUUCGAAAAUGGACCAUGAUAAAAUAACCUAUUUGGAUAAACUGAUGGUGUGUGUUUCCUCAAAACUUAUUGAAACACAAAAUAUAAAGAUGGAACUAUGUUUUUCUUGUAUUAGGAAACUUCGAGUGUCCUACAAGUUUAAACAAAUGGUGCUGGGAUCUCAAGAAACCCUUCAGAAGUUCUAUAAUGGGGCUCAACAUAACAACGAAAGUAUAACAAAUAACGAAAAUUUCAGUCCUCAUUUUUUACUUGCAAAUUUGGAGAAGAAUAAUGCUUGUGAAGAUUUACUAAAUAUUAAACAAAAAGAUAGAUAUACCGAUGAGGAUGAUGGUGAUAGUGAUUAUUUUUUGGCAGAUCUGAAAUAUGUAGACAAUGACUCAAACAGUAAAUGCUUUGAUGAGAAGGAAUUUUCUGCCCAUGAAGAAGACUAUGAAGUUAAAGAUUUUAAUUUAAUUGAGCAAAGAAAAGACAGUAAAGAUGUAAACACAAAUAAUUGUAUAGUACCUGGUUUACAGUGUGAGUUAGAAGAUGGAUGUAAAGAGAGUACUUGUGAUAAAUGCCAAAAAACAUUUAGUUGUGAUAAGGAACAAUUUGGGCUUUUCUGUAAUGAUUGUAACAAAGAUGUUGAGCAAACAAGCAAAGAAAAAAAUUCAAAGAAAAAGAGAGGCAGACCUAAAAAGUACAACGUUAAGCCUAAACCAGCUGUAAAUUAUUUCUGUGAACUGUGUGGUUCUGUUUUUGACAAGAGAUGGAAAUUGCAAAAACACAGGACAAGAGUACAUGUGGAUGAUAAAAAAUAUGUUUGUACAUUUUGCAACAAAGGUUUCAAACAGUCUUAUCAUCUUCGAGAACAUUUAACGUCACAUACUGGUGAAAAAAAUUACAUGUGCAACUAUUGUGAAAAAUCCUUUCAAAGAGUUUCCUCUCUAAGAAGACACAUUCGCUCUCAUGAAGCUGCCCCAGGACAAAAAACGAAAAGGACUCCAUUUUUGUGCAGCAUUUGUGGGAAAAGUUUUCCAUUUUCAAACGGCGUCCAAAGACACAUGCGAAUACAUUUGGGUAUAAAAAAUCACGAAUGUACCAUUUGUAAUAGACGAUUUACACAGUCAACCCAUUUACACGUUCAUAUGCGAACCCACACUGGGGAAAAACCAUACAUUUGUGAUACAUGUGGAGAGGCCUUUUCAUUAAAUGCCGGACUACAGAAACAUAUAAAUGUUCACAAAAAGAAUGCACUGAGGUCAAACAAAACUGAUACCCUAAAUGUAUACUUAAUUAAGAACGAGAGAGAUUUGUGACUUUAAUAUGUAAUUGUCAGCAUAAUACUUUAAAUGUAAUCAAAACUGUAUUAAACAGUUUGUUUUUAUAUAACUAUUGUAGUAAGCUGUUUAUUAAUAGAACGACUUUAAAAUUU